GAUGUCGACCGACAGCACACAGCCGCACACGCCCAGCCACGAUGUGGUGGACGCAGUGCGUCCCCAGCCGUGUGCCGCCAACCAGUGGAAGAGGGCCGCCUUAAUGGCCCGGAUGGCGCCCGCGUUCCGCGAAACGGUCUCCGACGAUAGCGAGGACGAGGUGGACACCAAAAAGCAGAUCAAAUACGGCAGCGGCUUCCAAGCGGCAAAGGCCAUCAUUCAUGAGUACUGCGACUACACGACCAUUCAUGGCAUCCGGUAUUUGGGGGAGAAGAAGCGACCCUUUCUCGAGCGUCUCUUCUGGAUCUGUGUCCUGCUCCUGUCCGUGUUCACCUGCGUUAAGCUAACCCUCAAUAUCUGGGACAAAUGGAACAAUAAUCCAGUGAUUGUCAGCUUUGCCGAGAAAUCAACUCCCGUGUGGGAAAUACCCUUUCCUGCUGUCACUGUUUGUCCGGAGACCAAGACGCGUCGUUCCAUAUUUAACUUUACAUCGUAUCAUCAGGUUCGCGAUUGGAAUAAUGUAACAGGAAUAUUGGAUCUUACAGAUAAAGAAAAAGGCAUAUAUGGAUCAGUGGUACAGGUCUGUGAAGCACAUUUGCAUGACAUUACCCUGGGCGAGAAGAUCAGAAAGGGCAUGGAGAUCAUUGACGGCCUGACCUCCGUAUCGCCCACCUUCGAUGACACCUAUCUUAACUGCAAGUGGCGAAAUACCGGAGUCAAGUGCAAUGACAUUUUCCACAAGUUUGUGACUGAAGACGGCGUUUGCUACAGCUUCAACUCACUGAGUCCAGCGGAAAUCUUCAAACCAGAAGGGUAAGAUCCCGACUUUAUAUUCCGCGAGGAGAAUCGCCUCUCGAUGGAUUGGAAUGUAGAGGAUGGUUACAGUGCCAGUGCGGAUACUUCGCCCUAUCCCAACAGAGUUUUGGGUCCUGGAGCCCGAGCUGGUCUCUAUCUUUUUAUGGGUGGAAUGGAAAUUGAUUUUGAUGACAUGUGUCGAGGCCCUGUUCAGGGUUUUAAGAUCCUCUUACACACACCCGGAGACGUGGCCCAAGUGUCGAAGCAGUAUUUCCGCAUACCCUUCGACCAGGAGGUGCUCAUCUCCAUUCGUCCCAAGAUCAUCACCACCUCGGAUGGCCUGAAGCACUACGAGCCCAAUCGGCGGCAGUGUUACUUCCAGAAGGAGAGGGACCUGCGUUACUUCAACAUCUAUUCCCAAAGCAACUGCGAGCUGGAGUGCCUUGCGAACUUCACCCUGUCAAAAUGCGGUUGCGUCAAGUUCAACAUGCCACGUAAUGUCAAUAUGCCCGUUUGCGGAGCUGCCAGCUUGAAGUGCUACAACGAGGCGGAGGAUGAGCUGCUGCUCAGGGAGUUUAACCAGGGACUGAUGAACUCCGAUGAGAAUGCCCGGGGUGAAACCGAGUGUAACUGCCUCCCGUCCUGUACCUCGAUCGCCUACGAGGCGGAGAUUUCCCAGGCGGACUUUGACUACAAAACAGUGAUCAAUACGGACACGCCGGAGGGUAAGGCCGAGCAGGCCAAGCACGAGGGUAUGAAAAUGUCCCGCGUGUCGAUCUUCUUCAAGGAGGCACAGUUCCUCACCUCACGACGCUCUGAGCUCUAUGGUACCACCGAUUUUCUUGCCAACUGUGGUGGUCUCUUGGGUCUCUUCAUGGGCGUGUCCAUGCUCUCAAUUGUGGAGCUGAUCUACUUCUGUACGGUGCGCCUCAUUUCGAAUUUAAGGAUGCGCCGCAAGACCCGCAAGGAGCUGCUGCAGGCGGUCAACAAGGAUGCCUAAUUGGGAAGGACCUCCUCCAUGACCAAGUUGAGCUGACUCGGCUGCUCUGCUCUGUGUUUGUGUUGCGUUAAAUGUUAAAUCUGCAAACA